AUGAGUCCACGAUCAACAGUCCUGCCCAGCGCACAGACCGAGAGUGCGCGCGAGCUCCGCCGCAACUUCUACUGCGACCUCUGCAGCAAAGGCUAUGCUAGAAUUACAGAACUCGAGGCCCACGAGAACAGCUACGACCACCAACACCGCAAGCGCAUGAAGGAGAUGAAGCAAAUCACCAGAAACCCCACCACCGCUGUCCGAAACUCCCGUACCGAAAAGAAGCGAACAGAAAACUCGGAGAUGAUCAGUCUCAAUCUCAACAAAGGCAAAUCAGAUGGUGCCAAGAGGGGGUUUAAGGAUAUUGGGAGUGAUGCGAGUCAAGCCGCAAGGCCGACAGCGACAACGGCCGUGCCUGAUGUCGUUAUGAAGGAUGAACCUGUCAAGGAGCAAGCUGAAGUGGAACGGCCACUGAGAUGGGACGAUCUCGCACAACUAUCAUCCAUACUAGAUCCAUCAACCCUGCCUGCCGAAUGGCAGCAGCAAGCCCUAAGCGCGACCCAGGCUUAUUUCGCCAACAUGGCUGACGCCGAGAAGCGAAAAGCGUACUUCGACGAUGACGAAGAUAUACUGGACGAGAUGGGCAUCGCAGAUGACGAAUGGCAUGCCGAUGAAGAACAAAUCCUGGACAACAUUGACAUCGACGAAGACUGGGGAGACUUCAUGCAGUCUGACGAAUGGAAAAAGCACAAGAAUUUAACCGAGCAAGCACGGAAAGAGAAGCUCAAUCAAGCAUGGAAACAAAGGCGAGCUUUGCAGCAGUCGGUCUAA